AUGUCAAGCAACCCAGACGUACCUCCAUUCACGGGCUAUGUGGAAACGACCGUCAACGCUCUCCGUUUGAUCCACGCUGCUCGCCAAGGCGUUAUCCCACGCAUAACCCGUCGCCUCAACGACUCAGAACGUAGAACAAUGAUUAAGAGCGGCGCAGUCUUCGUCUUCAGCGUCGAGGAGAGCGGGAUCAAGCGUUGGACUGACGGACUGCUUUGGUCACCGUCGCGCAUUGUUGGAAACUUUUUGGUGUACCGCGAGAUCAACGAGAGAACAAGUAGUCGCGGGAGUCACAAGAAGGCAUAUCCGGCCGAGGAGGCACAGGCACAUAGUCUGGGUCGCAGAAAUUCGCCCGACCACAUGCCACUCGCGUACAAAACCUCCAGCCACGGAAGCAGCGAACAGGGGACCUUUAAAGUGGGAGGUUUAAUAAAAAAGACAAUCACCGUAACGAUCGAGGGCUCCGACCUCCACCUCAUCUCAUACUACACCUCCGAAGACAUCCGUUCCGGCAGAUUAAAACGGCCGUCGUCCAGGUCGGAUAUCAUGGGCCUCUACAUGCCGCCACACAUAUUCCGCUUGACAAACUUUCGCGUUCCACCCAAAGUUGAGAUUGGGCCCGACGGAAAGCCCAGGCUCGUAUGCGAGUCUGCCGGGGAGGAAGCGGAGCCAGUCGAUUGUAAGGUGGAGGACGAGAUGUACCCAAUGCCCGCUUCCCAGACCUGGACUUCGAACACAGUGGAACAAUCAUUCGCUGGUAGUUCCCUUUAUCCCGUCGGUUCGCGUUGGCAGGCACAGAGCGAAGCCAACACAAACUUGCGUCCCGAAGUCACAUGGCCAUCAUCGAGCUCCACCCUUGGUUCGUCUCACAGCGGUCUACGUCGUCGAGAAGGCAACAUGGGUCAAGAGGGAUGGCCAUCUCACCACACACAAUCGCAACCCAGUCGGUGGCAAGAUAGUGCAGCUGCGACAUCUGGGGCGGGCCCGGGAGGUCUGUACCUCGAGCGAUCGCGGGCGAGAACCAGCCACCAUCCAUAUGAAGAGACUGUUGUCCUCCCUCGUCGGGAACACGAGGCUCUACCCAGUUUCAAUCGUUACAGCAGUUCGGGGAGUCGUGAGAAUGCUUCACAUCGGGUGCAAUGGCACCACCGAGACACUCAUCACGGAAAAGAACGUCGGAUGAGUCCCCAUUCUCCAUCAUCCUUCACGUCAUCGCCGACCCUUCCGUUCUCUCCACAUGCGACGUACCACCCAAGCCAUUUUAGUUCAGCAUGGACUUCGAGCGACAGUCAUGCAAUGGACACACCAACGCUCCACCCCAUUUCGCCCUCAGCAUAUGAGACCUCGUACACUUCUCCAUCUUUAUCCAGCCCCGAAGACUUUGGAAAUGUAGAAGAGUUCACCGAAGCUUGA